AUGGUCAAAUGUUACUAUCGUCAUCUAUGUGGACGAAAAUAUUUGUGCUUAGCGAGCUUCUUUAUCGUUGGAUUUUCUAUUACUGCUUUUCAUACUGGUUUCUUCUCUUUUCUAACAAGUCCAUAUACGAAAACACGAAAUGUUCAAUAUCAUGUUCCAGUAACAAUAAAACCACUCAACUCUCCAGAAGUUAGCCCAACAAGUGCUUCGAAUGCUAAAUCAUUGAAUUUUUCAGAAGAAAAACAAAGAUAUUCUUAUGAAAAUUUCACACAAUGGAACCGAUCAUUAUGUAGUAUUCAAUCAGAUCAUCGUGGACCACAUCAAAAAGUGAUUGGUAUUUCAAUUUAUGGAUCAUCAUCAAAUUAUACUGAUAAUGCAAUGUUUACAUGGGAAACAUCGAUAUUUCCAUUUUUAAUACCACUUGCUAAUGAAGUUAAAACACUUCUUCCAUCAUGGAUUAUUCGGCUCUAUAUUGAUUUUACUGGUAGUACAAAAUCUCAACAAGAUAAACUGUAUAAUUUUUCAAAUAUUGAUAUAUGUGAUAUACACAAUCUACCUAUGUUUGGUUCAUCAUUAGUUUCAUAUUUACCAGGAAAGAUGUGGCGUUUUUUACCAAUCUUUGAUCCAUAUGUUGAUUUUUUUCUUUCACGUGAUCUUGAUUCACCUAUGAUGAAACGUGAAACUGAAACAAUUGAUAUGUGGACAUCUGAUAAAAAGAGAAGAUAUUUCUUUCAUAUUGCACGGGACAAUAAGCAACAUAAUGUACCUAUAUUAGGUGGACUUUGGGGUGCAGCUCCUGGACGUAGUCGUCGUUAUUUAUUUCGUACUUUUCAACCGAUGCUUAUUCCAUCAAUUGCUCAACAAUAUAAAGGUGCUGGUGAUCAACUAUUUCUUUCGGACAAUAUUUGGGAAAAUGUUAAAAAACGUUCAUUGAUAUUCGAUAGUUAUAGUUGUGAGUCAUUGGGUGGUCAGCCGUUUCUUUCUCAACGACCAGUAGCCGACCAUUGUUUUCUUGGAUGCAUAAGACCAUGUUGUAUUCAUACAACGUCUCAUAGUUCUCAGAAUGUAAACAAUACUUGUCCACCAGCUUGUCGACCAAAAGAUCAUCAAGAUUGGAUUUAUUGUUAA